CAUCAUGCGGCCAACAGCAGCCUGAUCGACACGCCGCUUACAGAGGACCCUAUAUAAGCUCCGCAGCUGUCAGGUGGAGGACACUGGCUGCUUUGCACAACGGGAGACUCGCUUUAGGGAUUACUGCUCUAUAUACUCAUAGAUCCACACUGUAACGAUGUCUCAUGCUUGGGGAUACGCACCAGACAACGGACCCGACAAAUGGGCUGUUAACUUCCCUAUUGCCAAUGGACCCCGCCAGUCUCCCAUUGACAUCGUACCUGGGAAAGCAUCAUACGACGCGAAGCUGAAGCCGCUCAAACUGAAGUACGACCCCGCAAACAGCCUUGACAUCCUCAACAACGGACAUUCCUUCCAAGUGACCUUCGUAGAUGACACCGACAGCUCAACUCUGAGAGACGGACCGAUCUCAGGGAUCUACAGACUCAAGCAGUUUCAUUUCCACUGGGGAGCUUCUGAUGACAAGGGCUCUGAACAUACUGUAGCUGGGAAGAAGUAUCCUGCUGAGCUCCAUCUGGUGCACUGGAACACCAAAUAUGCAAAUUUUGGUGAGGCCGCUAGCAAGCCUGACGGGCUCGCUGUUGUUGGAGUAUUCCUGCAGAUUGGUGGUGACAAUGCCAGUCUCCAGAAGGUUCUUGACGCCCUUAAUGCCAUCAAGGCCAAAGGCAAGCAGACCUCUUUCACUGGCUUUGACCCCACUACCUUGCUCCCUAGUUGCCUAGACUACUGGACAUAUGAUGGCUCUCUGACCACACCCCCUCUGUUGGAGAGCGUUACCUGGAUUGUCUGUAAAGAGCCAAUCAGUGUCAGCUCUAAGCAGAUGGCCAAAUUCCGCAGCCUGCUCUUCUCAGCUGAGGGUGAGACCGAGUGCUGCAUGGUGGACAACUACCGCCCUCCCCAGCCCCUUAAGGGUCGCUCUGUCCGUGCUUCCUUCAAGUAAUACCCCCUCCCCCCUCGUGUCGCUGUUGCCCCCCCCCACCCACCCAUUAGUCAGACACCCCAAGUUGCUUCUCUAGCAGUGAGCCAUAAAGCACACAUAUCUCAUAUUUAAAGAAAUUUAAUUCCUGUGACCCAUUGCUUUUAACUACAUGACCAUCUGCACACACAGACACACAGGACACACACAAUCUCUCUGCCAGCCUGUCUGUAAUCUCUGACUGACUGCCAGCCUCUGCAUCACAGCAGCUUAAUGAAACGCUGCAGCCGCCUUCGUUGCAACUGAAUGACUCAGAAAAUCCCCCUCUGGCACAUACACACAAACAACAUAACACGAACGGUCUUAUGUGGACACGGUGCCUAUAGGCAGUGACCUGCUUAUUGAUUUAAAUUCAGUAUAGCGCAACACAGGACCUGAGGGCAGACCGCUGCUAGCAUUAGCUACUGAACAUCAUGACAUUGGCUCAUCUCUCUGUUUUUACAGCCUAAUCUUCAAAUCAUUCAUGUGUUUGUCAUCCCGUGUGGUGUCUUUAUUAUUAUGGAUUAUGUCUAGCUUAUGUUUGAGAGCUUAUGCAAUAUAAAUCUUAAGUGAUUCCUAAAUAGUCUUUUAUAAGCAGAAGGUCAUCCGCAUUUUUGAUGCCCUGACAAUACAGCAAUAGAGAGGAAUGAUCCUCCUUUUUAAAAUGCAAUGUAAUGUGUAGAGAAAAUCCCUGCCUGUGUUGUUUUGAAACCUCAUUGUGUUGAGUGCUAAAGCUUAAAACGCACAAUUGCCUUGUGGGCAAUGAUAGAGUGGCUAAUGCACAAAGGCAGGGAAGAAAUUACCCUGCCAAGGAAGCCAAGGAAGAAUCUGCCAACAGAUGAGAUUAUAAUGUCACACUGGUGUCCCGAAGACCUCUGGUUUUAACUCCCAUAUGCACUUCGGAAACAAUAGAGAAGCUUGAUAAAAGCAAUUUAUUUCCAGAAAGAUUGUUAUAAACAUAAAAAUGCAAAACGCCUUAUGCCAAGCAUUAUUAGGGCCAACCCAUGAGUAUGUGUUGUUUCAUUCUAUUUUGGAAGUGGACAUUUAACUAGUUCAAUAAAUAUAUUUUAUGACUUACAA